AUGCUCAUUGAAGGGCUGGAAUGGACACUAAGACGUCCCAGGCGAAUCAGAAAUCGUCUUGCACAAAGAACGACCAGAGAGCGGAAAGCCGCAUAUAUUCAAGAUUUGGAGAAACAAGUUGCGUCCUAUCAACGAGACAAUGCAAACUUGCACGUGCAGGACUUGAUGAAAGAAGUGGCCGAACUCCGGAGAGCACUGCAGAAAGCGCGAAGUAAACUUCUCAGCAUUGCUACGACGGCGAAUUCGUCGGCAGAAUCGUUGGCACCGCAUCUCCUUCGUAAGGCCACGAAGCAAGAUCAGAACGUGCUUCAACCUUCGAGUGCAGACCCGGAGGGUAUUAUCGAGGACAAGGACGACUUUUCAGAUCGCGAACAGUCCGAAGCGUCGGAGGGAGUGUGCUUGACCACAGCACACGAAAAUAGAGCAGACUCCGAGUCUGUUUGCUGCGACCAGACAAGAGCUACUGCCCAAAACAACGACGUCCUGCCACAGUCUGUUUCCCCCUCGCUCAGACACCAGACGGCCCAGUCAAACUGUACAACGAUACAAUGUCAGCGCGACGGGGUUCCAGAAGCGUUGGAGCCAUCGUCGUUUGAUUUCUCGGAAGAAAUAGCAAAUGUUCCUUUCCCGAACACAUCGGAUACUUUAAACACAUUAGAUGCAGAGAUGAUAGGUACGGCUACAGUUAGCGAUGAGACCUGGAGUGCUUACGAUACCACCUGCUUCGAUAACAACUUCUCGCCUACCACCCCGAUGACAAUGAUGAGUGGGAAAGAUACAGGAAUCUCAGCUCCCACUUCUGUGUUUUCAGCACACUUGGAUUGCAUAAUCAACAUACUCAGACGAGGGGGAAUUGCACGCCAGCAUACCCGGGCUCCGCAACUAAUCGACGCCAUGAUAGACGGAUUCUUCGAGGAAUGCUGGCCCAGCAUGAAGAACUGGCUUGAGAUCACAGAUUCCUACACGACAAUCCGAUGGGUGCUGUGGUGGCAAGUCACACGCACAGCCGAAGCCGCGGCCGAUAUUCCCGCCACGAACACGCCCACGCCUGUCCAGAUUGCGCUCCCACACCUCUCUGCCAUUGACUGGAUUCCCUUUCCAAGUAUACGCAACACUUUAAUACUGUCGGACGGAUAUGAUGUUGACCAAGUCUUCCGAAACAUGCACAAGUCAUUUGUGCUGCAGAAAGAAUUUCCCGUUCGAGAUGGGUCCGCUGACCGGUCAUAUAAAAGCGUGACCGGACUUGUUCAGACUGCGCUACGAGCCACCCUCGAUCCAUCCGACUCAGCAGGCCACGGACCGGCGCAAGACCUGUGGAGCGAAGGACCGCUGAAACGGACAAAAGCAGCAACGAGCGCCUAUUGCCAGCAGCUGAUAAACUUUGGCCGAUGGGUGCUGAAACUGGAUCCUGGUUUCUUUGUGAAAUACCCCGGCCUUUACGAUUCGUCUAUAGUGGCAGAUGGACCUUGUUUGGAACUGGUCAAUGCACCAGAUGUGCCGCCGCCGAAGCCUCUCAACAUGAACGCAGUAAAUACUUACGCUAGUCUACUGCUGAAGGACCAGAAUUACCACACGUAUGGCAUGGACUUGAGGAUCCAGCACACGCCAGCGCAAAGAAGGAGGUAA